UUAAAAAUGGCGGAAAACUUUAAUUUCCAGUACGUAGCCGAUCGCAAGUUUCCUGCAUUUUCAUCCAACGUUUUAAAGGAGCUGCUUACUAAAUGGGGAAUGUAUGAUCAUAUGAAACUACAGAUGUUUACCUUUGACAAGCACUUUCAACAAUAUAAAAAAAAUGAUUUUGUUAUGGAUUUUCUCACAGAUCCAUGCGUUCAAGCCAAUCUUCAGGUUUUUUCCAAAAGUGGAUCGUCGGCUUCUAUAGGAGCGUUGAAUAUUGAUAAAGUUUUUGUCGAUCCUGUUCCUUGCUCUGUGUUGAAUAUGGAGUUUUUCAAUAAACUCUUUAGGCAAGGUUUGGUUCGUGAUUCUGGAAUGAUCUAUAAAUGUUUUGAUGAAUACAUCGAAGGAUUUUUGAUAUCAGACGAGCUACGCAAGAUGCAUCUGACGGAUGAAUCUGAUCAUUAUGAUGUGUUUUCUGAUACUGAGAAAAGCGAGUUUAUAUUCAGAAUAUUCGCUCAUUUAUGUCUUGGUGGAGAUGUCUGCCAAUUUGAGGAUGAUGUGAAUCCGUAUCUCGAGUCGGCGAAAGCAAUAUAUAAAGAUCUCAUAAGCGUCUCCAAGGAUUCAAGGACUAAAGAAAUAAAAACGCGAUCACAUGUUUUUAAAAUAUCUGCAUGGAACGGUAACGAGGAAAUGAUUUAUCCGCAUGGAAAGAAACAUUCACAGUCCUUUUCUUAUCUUGUCGUGGAUCCUUUGAAACGAAACGUGUUCGUAUGGUAUCAUCAGUGGCUUGGUAUUGCUUGGUGACGCUCCUGUCAUUUUCGUUGAAGCAACGCGCGCUUGUAUUGCGUCGGUUUUUUGUCGCCCACUUCAUUGGCUGGUAUAAAGAACUAAUGAAACUUUGCUUUUGUGAACUCCGUCAUGGAAUGCGCUUAUGAAUUUUUUUUCGGCUUAUUCAUGAUUUCAUUGCGGGCAGGUCUUCGUCAAUGAGGCAAGGUACGAUCAUUGUGACCUACGAUAAGUAUGUGGAACUUUACCUAUAUCCAAGGAUCAAAAUGCAUACAUAACUACGUACAUACUGAAAAAAUUCGUGUACAUAUAUUUAACAAUCAAUGUUCUUCUCCCAACCAA